AUGGCGACCACAGAGGAGCGACCAAAACUCAUAGUGGGUGUUGACUUCGGAACAACCUUCAGCGGCGUUGCCUGGGGGUUGAAAGACUGCCCUGAUGAGAUUGAACUUAUUCAAACAUGGCCAGGUGGUGGCAACAUCACAAGCCAGAAAGUUCCAACCCUAUGUUCCUACGACGGCAAGCAUACGAAAUGGGGUUAUCAAACUGACCAGUUGAUCCAUCCGGGCAAGGAGCAGCGGCUCAUCCAAGGAGUCAAGCUUUUGCUAGAUGAAAGCCAGAAAUUCCGCUACACACCUGCUAGUAAAUCUCAAGAGGUUAUAAAAGACCUGAAUAAAACACCGAUGGAGGUGGCUGGUGACUACUUGGGGAAAUUAGUCGCCCACGCCCAGGAUGUCUUGACACGCCGCUUUAGUACUGCGCUGCAAACCAUGGACUUGGAAUAUAUCCUCACUGUCCCCGCUGUAUGGUCUGACAAAGCCAAAGAUCUUACUAUGCAGGCCGCACACCGAGCUGGUAUAUCUCCUGCGAGUUUGGGACUCCUGUCUGAGCCGGAGGCAGCUGCGGUGUGUGCAAUUCGGACAAUUCAACCAAAUACAAUCGCGGAAGGAGACUGCUUGGUUGUCUGUGAUGCUGGAGGUGGAACAGUCGAUAUCAUUACCUAUCGCGUCAAGGAAGCCGACCCUUUGAGGUUUGAGGAAGCCACGAAAGGAACUGGCGCUGUUUGUGGCUCAGUGAUGUUGGACGAAAGAUUUGACGCACUUAUCAAAGACCUCAUUGAGGAACAGUCAGACCAACCGAUCCCCCAGUCUACCGUAAGGGCUGCAAGGAAGUACUGGCAAGACUACAUCAAGCCUGGCUACACAGGUCCUCUCGACGACAAUGAGAUGUGUGAGCUAGGAUAUUGGAUCCCAGUUCCCGGGGUUUCGGGGAUCUCAAACGUCGAACUUAGCGAGGGGCACUUAUAUCUAGAUAGGGAACAAGUGAAGGGAAUUUUUGAUCCUAUCAUCGAACAGAUCAAGGAUCUUGUCACUGAGCAGAGAAUGAGCGUCAAGGAAGCAGGUUUUUCAACUAAGGCUAUCAUUCUGGUUGGGGGCCUUGGAGCCUCGGAGUAUCUCUUUAAGCGUCUACAGGCUGCUUCCGACGGCAUCCAAGUCAUGCAGCCCCCAAACGCGUGGUCUGCUGUUGCCCGGGGUGCUGUUAUCCGUGGCCAGGAAGGCAACCAAGUAGAGAGUCGCAUUGCCAGAUGCAGUUAUGGCGUUGAUAUAUCAGUUCGGUUUGAUUCCAAAGUCCACCGCGCAGAUGAAAACCUUAGAUGGUGCCCCUAUGAGGAGGAAUGGAGGGUGGACAAUCGUAUGACAUGGUAUAUCCGCAAAGGAAACCCCGUGGCCGAGAGUGAGCCAAUAGCGAUGAACUUCUACCGUGCGGUUGGAGUUGACCACUCUUUUGUAUUUCGGUCAAAUUUGUGGUUUUGCCAGAUGGCCACACCUCCCAAAGAGAAGAACUCCAGUGUCGCGAAACUGUGUGUGCUGGAAACAGAUCUGAGCAGAAUCCCGAAAGAGCUUUUUGAAAAGAAGAGGAACUCCAAAGGGAAACAAUUUUACCACGUCAGGUACGACUUGGUUUUAACACCAACCUCUGCAUCGUUGUUGUUUGAUCUACAAUUCAAUGGUGUUUCCUACGGGAGCGUGAGAUCUCGCUAUUGA